UACCCAUGCGCCUCUUUGUCGCUAGCGCCCUACGAUUUCCUCCGGAAGUUUUCAUCCGGCUCGUCCGAAGGAGGGCGAAAGUUGAAAACAAUUGUGAAGCUUGCACGCCAUUCCUGAACUCUCUCUCGCUGAUUACUCGGAUCCUUUGCUUGAUUGUGGAACUCUCUCUCCGAACUCUGCUUUUAGGACCCAGCAAUCCCAUUGCCAGGGCGGAGAAGUUGAACAUGGAACAAUGCGGGCUUUACCAAUGCUUUUAAUCUUUUCUUCUUUUUAGAGAGGAGUUAGUCAUUAUAUUUAUGCAUUGGUAGCCAAAGACAAUAAAACCUUCAUGGCUUUUGGAGGAAGAAAUGCAGAUCUUUGCAGUUUUCUCCAACAUCAGUCUUCAUGCUCUGAGUUCGUCAUCAUGUGCAGAAAAUAAUGUCAAUCAGUAUGGUUUUUUGUCUACGAGAACUUUUGAAGCAGAGUGCUAUGUACUCAUGAACUCCGGACACAUUGCUAGUUAUUUUAUAUGCUUCUCAAAUCUCAGCUUGGAUGUUCAAUCAUACAUACUACUGAGCUGGCCGAUCUUAAGUGCGGGCAUAUUUAUGUUGGUUUCAGUAGUCUUGUCUCUGUUUCUUGUUUUGGAGCAUCUUGUAAUUUACUAUCAGCCUGAGGAACAGAAAUUUUUGAUUGGCAUCAUUCUUAUGGUUCCUGUCUACGCUGUUGAAUCGUUCCUUUCACUGUUGAAUUCAAAGGCUGCAUUCAUCUGUGAAAUUAUGCGCGACUGCUAUGAGGCCUUUGCUUUAUAUUGUUUCGAGAGGUAUUUAAUUGCUUGCCUAGGUGGUGAGGAGAGAACAAUUAAGCUCAUGGAGAACCAGGCCAAAACCAGCUCUAGCAUGCCUCUUUUGGAACUGGUCUAUGAAGAUGGAGUUAUUAGGCAUCCAUUUCCAUUGAAUUGCUGUAUGAGGAACUGGUAUCCUGGCCCAGAGUUCUAUCAAGCUGUGAAAAUUGGUAUUGUACAAUAUAUGAUAUUAAAGACAAUUUGUGCUCUUUUAGCCAUCAUUUUACAGCUAUUUGGUGUUUACGGUGAAGGGAAAUUUGAAUGGACUUGUGGGUAUCCUUAUCUAGCGGUUGUUUUGAAUUUUAGCCAGACAUGGGCUUUAUAUUGCCUUAUACAGUUCUAUUCUGUUACCAAGGACAAACUAGAUCAUAUAAAGCCUCUCGCGAAGUUUCUUGUGUUCAAGUCCAUUGUAUUUUUAACCUGGUGGCAAGGAGUUAUCGUUGCUUUUCUAUUUUCGACUGGAGCUUUUAAAGGUCAUUUAGCACAGGAGCUGAAAACACGCAUCCAAGAUUAUAUAAUAUGCAUUGAGAUGGGGAUCGCUGCUAUUGUGCAUCUAUACGUUUUCCCCGCAAAGCCAUAUCAAUGUGGGGAGAGGUGUGUCCGCAAUGUUUCUAUUUUGGCCGAUUAUGCGUCUUUGGGAGCUCCUCCUGAUCCGGAUGAAGUUGCAGAAGGUGGAAGGUUAGCAAGGAUGCACAUUUCUCAGUCUGAUGAAAAUCAAAAGCGGCUGAGUUUCCCCCAGAGUGUUCGCGAUGUUGUUCUUGGAGGCAGCGAAAUUAUGGUCGAUGAUGUGAAGUUUACUGUUUCACAUGUGGUCGAACCAGUGGAACGGGGUAUUGCAAGGUUAAACGAAUCGCUCCAUCAUAUCUCCGAAAGCGUAAAAAAGCAUGAAAUUAGAAAGAGGAAAGCAAAGGAUGAUUCGUAUUUUAUACCUUUGCAUUCAUGGACAAAGGAAUUUUCUGAUGCGCAUGAACAUAUUUCUGAUGGAAGUUUUAGUGACACAGGAUUAUCUAGGAAAAAAACAAAGCCUGCAAACUUUAAGGAGAGCAAGUCUGAUGUAUAUUCUCAACAUUCCACAUUUGAGCAUGGUAGAAGUAGCUGGACGUAGAUGGGUUCUUCCUGAGCUUUCCACCAACCAAGUUAGACGGAAUUGAAUUUUAGCAUACGGAAAAUUACAUUUUGCUACAUAACGAUAUGCUGUUUCUGAGCAUUUCGGUGGUUUCAAACAUCUGCAGUACAUAGAUUACAAGUUCAUGUGGGUAUUAACUGCUACUAACUUCAAUUGGGUAUAGUGGUGACAACAGCAAAGAAUUGUAAAUUUAUAACAUUUGAAAAAUUGGCAACAAUGAAUAACAAUAUCGUAUAAAAGAUUCAAUUAGUGUGUAAA